AUGGCCACAUUUGAAGAUGCUCAGGAGGACCUGGAGGGAAUUAGGGGAUCAUUGGAUCUUCGAUCAGCGAUAAACAUGAUCAAAGAUUUCCUGAAUCUGCAAAAUUUUGAAGAGCUUAAUGUUGGUGUGACAGGGAAGUCUAGAUCUGGAAAGUCCACCUUUGUCAAUGCUUUCAGGGGUUUAGGGGAUGACGAUGAGGGCGCCGCUGUUACGGGUGUAGUGAAGACCACUAAAGAUCCCAAGGUUUACAUUCACCCAAAAUACAACAAUGUUAAAGUAUGGGAUCUCCCUGCAAUAAGAACACCAAGGUUCAAACCCAGUGAGUACCUUCAACAGGUUCAAUUUGAACGCUAUGAUUUUUUUAUCAUCAUUGCUUCAAAUCGAUUCAAAAAAUGUCACACCAAGCUGGCCAAAGAGAUCAUGAGAAUGGGGAAGAAGUUUUACUUUGUUCAUUCCAAGAUUGACUGUACCAUUACUGCUAAAAAGAAGAAAAAGAACUUUGAUCUGAAAAAGACGCUGGAUACCAUCCGGGAGGAUUGUAAAAAUGGGCUAAAAAAGAUGGGCAUUGACAAUCCUGAUGUCUUCUUGAUGUCUGGUCUGAAGAUGGGCAAGUAUGAUUUAAAUCUGCUGCAUGAGAUGAUCGAGAAAGAGCUUCCACAACAUAAGAGACACGUGCUGAUUUUGGCUUUGCCAAAUAUCACACUGGAGAUUAAUGAGAGAAAGAAGAAAGCUCUGGAGAAAAACAUUUCCAAAGUUGCCUUCCUAUGUGUUUGUAUGAACGCGAUUCCUGUUCCCGGUCUUUCGAUUGCAGUAAAUUUAGCCAUCAUAGCAGCUGAGUUAAAAAAAUACUACAGUGCCUUUGGUCUGGAUGAUAAAUAUGGGAAGACGGUAGAGAAGCUGAAGAAUCUGAUGAAGUCACCUCUACAUAAUGGAAUAAACACAAAGUUAAUAACAGACUUGCUGAGUGCUGAAUCUCUUCUAGUAUUAAGAGAUGCUGUUACUUUUGUUUUGAGCCUUAUACCCAUUGUAGCCUCUUUGGUGACGGGGGGAAAGUCUUAUUUGACAGUCUCAAAUACGCUGAAGGGAGCACUGAAUGAUAUAGCAGAAGAUGCCAAGAAUGUGCUAAUGGUUUCUUUAGAGUGUUAA